GCACUUCACUUCAUGUUGUUUCUUUUUUAUGACUUAUGUCCGCCAUUACUCGAAGAUUUUUAUUGUAAAAGUGAAGUUGUAGAUAUUAUUCCAAAUUUGUCUCGAUUUCUUCAAUAUUUACAUCGAAAAACGUUGUUUGUGGUCAAUAAUUUUCAAAUAAAAUGCCGGCUGUAUAUGAAUCCAGCUGGGCAGAUGAAGUAGAUGAUGAAGGAGAUACAUUACCCCCUCCAACAGAAGUUUAUGAAAAUGGAAUGAAAAUUUUAACUGAAUACAAAUAUAAUGAAGACAAUAAAAAAGUUAAGGUAGUUCGAACCUAUAAAAUCGAGAAAAGAAUCGUCUCAAAGACAAUCGCAGCACGAAAGAAUUGGGCAAAGUUUGGAGAUUCUGCUGAUGAUCGACCUGGACCAAAUCCAGCAACAACAAUCGGUGCAGAAGAUGUUUUCAUGCAGUUCAUAUCUAGCAAAGAAGAAGAAAAUAAAACUGAAGAAGAUUCAUUAGAAAAGUUGAAGAAUAUGGGAGAAAAGGGUGUUGUCAAAUGUCGUAACUGUUCUGGAGAACAUUGGACUACGAAGUGUCCCUACAAAGAUACCGUUCUUGCUGGUGGGAAUGUACCAGAUGACAAAAAACCUCAACUUACCCCUGGAGUUCCCAAUGCUGCUGCAGAUAUCAGCAAACCUCAAGGCAGCAAAUAUGUACCACCAAGUAUGCGAGAUGGUGGCAACAGGAGAGGAGAUUCUAUGCAAUCUCAACGGCGUGAUGAUACUACAGCAAUCCGUAUUUCUAAUUUAUCUGAAAGCACUAAUGAAGCUGAUUUAGAAGAAUUAGUCAAACCAUUUGGAUUCAUACAAAAACAAUAUCUUGCUAAAGAUCGAACAACCAAUCUUUGUAAAGGAUUUGCGUAUGUUCAUUUCAAAUUCCGGUCUGAAGCUGCAAGAGCCAUUUCUCACCUCAAUGGUUAUGGAUAUGAUCAUCUUAUAUUAAAUGUCGAUUGGUCUAAACCACCAGAAAAGAAUAAUUAGAAUUAGAACUGAAUCAUUUUAUUAUUUGGUUAAGCAACACGCGGGAUAUGUUUAGAAUGAUACAAUUUAAGUAAAAUCAGAUUUCAUUGGCAAUAUAUAAUAUGUAAUCAGACUGUUA